AGCCCUCCUCCUCCUCCCCAACAUCCGGGCACUCGGGAGGGGGCUACUGAAGCGCCGCCUCUGCGCCUGCGCGAGUGGCCUGCCGUCCCUUCGACCUCUACCGCUGCACCAGCCCAGACGGAGAAGCCGCCGUUGCAGGCCAGAAGGCCCAGAGCCCCUCCGGCCCCAGACGCCGCCUCCGCCGCCAUCAGCAGCAGCUAAAGCAGCCUCCGCCGCCGCCAUGUUCGCCUGUGCCAAGCUGGCCGCUGGCUCCCCUGCGUUGAUGCGCAUGGGAUCAAGAAUCCUUUAUAGACCAAUUUCUGUAUCAGUGUUGUCUAGGCCGGAGGUCAGGACUGGAGAGGGCAGCACACCUUUCCUUACUGGGGCUCAAAACACAGGCAGCCACCUAGCACUAAGGGAAUUUCAAACAAGUGCUAUCAGCAGAGACAUUGAUACUGCUGCAAAAUUUAUUGGUGCUGGUGCUGCCACAGUAGGAGUGGCUGGUUCUGGUGCUGGUAUUGGAACCGUCUUUGGAAGUCUAAUCAUUGGUUAUGCAAGAAAUCCUUCUCUGAAGCAGCAGUUGUUCUCCUACGCUAUUCUGGGAUUUGCCCUGUCUGAAGCCAUGGGUCUCUUCUGUCUGAUGGUUGCUUUCUUGAUCCUAUUUGCCAUGUGAAAAUACCCUUUCGUACUUUUGGCAUUAAUGAACUACAAUGUGAUUCUGUGAACUUCAGCUUGGUAAAAUGUUUAUCAUGGAAAUGUAUGCUACUUCCAAAGCAGCUUAAUUAAAGAUGGUAAUGAGUUUAAA